CAUUUUGUAUGAAGUGGAAAAAAAUAAAUUUUAGAGAAAAAAGUUAAUAAUUGCCGUUGUUAAGCUCUGAACUUUAGAAAAAUUGUUUUUUUAACGAAAAUUCAUAAAAGUGUAUUGAAAUUACUUAUAUUUUGAAUAUUUUGCUGUGUUUGAAAUGAAAUUGCAGCAUGUUUAAAGCACAUUAAAAGAUAUGACAAUUUUAAGAUUCUGAUUAAUAACUUCAGUUUGAAAUUUUACAUCAAUGACAUUUUGUUGUUGUCUAAAAGCACAAAAUCAUAAGAAGUUGCUGAGGUUCCAUAAAAUCUUAAGGUAAAAAUUGUAGCUGUAAUUAUUUAGAAUAAUGAGUGGACGUGGUGUAAGAAAAAGAGGACGGCCUCCAAAGUCUGUAACGAGUCAACGAGGCAGCAGAUUUAAUUAUCAUCUUCUAAAGAAACCUAAGUAUUUAAUGAAAGGCUCUGACUCCCAAUUCAGUACACCAUCACUAUCAAGAGGAUCGUCGCCGCAGGAGAGCGAAACUAGUAGAAAAAGUAUUUCACGGGCAUAUUUUGGAACAAAGUCGUCAAGAGGUAGAGGCCGAAGAGGAAAAAGUGUUAACACUUCAACAUCAAGAAAAGGUUAUGAAUCUGAAUAUCAUUAUGGCUCUGAUUUUGGUGAUUCUACAGAUAAAAGUGAUCCAGAAGAUGAUUUAUUAUUAUCUCCAACUGAUGAAGAAAGUGAAUCUAACAAUGAGGAGAGUGAAAGUGAAUACUCGGAGUGCAGUUUUGGACCUACUACAGGACUUGGAAGACCUCCUAGACCACCAAGCCCUGAACCAGUGUGGUUACAGGAUAGGGAAGUUCCUCCUUUAGAGGUACCACAGUCUUCUGAAGAUCUUCUUUUAUCAAAAGAACAUAUACUUGAUGCAGUUGCUAUAUAUGAAGUAUUAAGGCGUUUUAGAAAUUUGGUAAGAUUGUCACCUUUUCGUUUUGAAGAUUUUUGUGCUGCAUUAAUUUCUGAAGAACAAAGUUCUUUAUUGACGGAAGUGCAUCUAAUGCUUUUAAAAGCAAUUUUAAGAGAAGAAGAUUUACAGGCAACUCAUUUUGGGCCUUUGGAUCAAAAGGAUAGCAUUAACAUUACAUUAUAUUUGAUUGAUCAUAUAACUUGGCCAGAAGUUUUAAGAAACUAUAUUGAAAGCGAUGACUUUUUCGACAAAACAGUUUUAAGAAUUCUAUCGACGCAAGAAUAUCCAUUUUCCAGCAUAGAAGAUCGAAUGUUAGUGCUUAAGUUCUUAACUGAUCAAUUUUUGAUUACAACUGGUGUUCGUGACGAUAUGCUGCAAGAAGGUCCGAUACAUUAUGAUGAUCACUGUCGAAUAUGUCAUCGUUUAGGAGAUCUAUUGUGUUGUGAAACCUGUCCAGCCGUUUUUCAUUUAGAAUGUGUCGAUCCACCUUUAACGAAAAUUCCAACAGAAGAUUGGCAGUGUAACAUUUGCAAAUCUCAUAAAACUGUUGGAGUGUCAGAUUGUGUAUCCCAGCAAGAAAAGCAAGGUUUAUCCAUUCGUCAAGAUAUUUUGGGAUAUGAUAGACAUGGCCGCAAAUAUUGGUUCGUGUGUCGACGCAUUUUUGUAGAAGAUCAAGAUGGCAAAAGCGUGUGGUAUUAUAGUUCUACGCAGCAACUAAAUCUUCUUUUAUCGAGGUUAGAUGACAAAGAUCUGGAGCAGCGAUUAUGCCAAGAAAUAAAUGAAUUAAAAGAAGAAAUUCAAAGACAAAUGAAAAUAACAGAAAAUUUAACAAAUGAUCAAAAAGGCAAUAAGAAAUCAUAUUUAGAAAUUGAAAAUGAAAAAAUUCAGAAAUUGUUACCAAAAGGCAAUGAAAAUGGUAACGAGGAAAAUAUAUCAAAUUCAGAUUCAACAAAUAAUGAUUCGAUACCUAAUCUUGAGCCAGAACAAAGAUUAACGCGGCAGAAAAGUUUGCAAAUAUCGACUGGUAUGCUGCAUUUCAAAUUAGGUAUGGAGAAUGGUUUUAAAACUUAUGUUAACCAAUAUUCAAUAAACCCUAUUGCGUUGAACAAACCUCAAAGAAACGAGGAACGAGACAAAAAACGUCACUUAUCGCAUAAAUUUUCAUUGACUACUGCGUCAGCUUUCAAAUGGGUUGGUGGCGGAUUGAACUCAACAGAGCAAAAUAUAGUAUCAACAUUACGUCAAACUUUAUUAUCAUUGGAACAAUCUAUAACUUCGCCUUUUAUGAAUCCCAAUUGGAAUAAUUUACGAAAAAUUUGGUUAAGUGCUGUAUCUAAUUGCAUAAAACCUGCAGAUUUUGCAAAUGCCUUAGUUUUGUAUCAAGCUUGUGUUAAAAAUAUAGUUUUUGCGAAUGUGUGGCAUGAACAAUUGGGUCAUUUACGUCUUCAAAGAAUAACAUCAGUUGAAAGAGAAGAAAAGAAAAAAUCAGAAAAACGGGAAAAACGUGAUAGAGAUGAUGAAGAAGAAAGAAAUAGAUUAGCGUUCAACUAUGUAAAAUACUCGCUAGGAUUAAAGCAUCAAGUAUGGAAGCAGAAAGGCGAAGAAUAUCGUAUACACGGUCAAUGGGGUUGGAUAUGGAUGUCUUAUAACAGGAGAAUAGCAAAAAGAUAUCGAAUUAUGGAUAAAAUUAUUCCAAUCAAAAUAAUGUUAAAAGUCAAAAAAGAUGCUACGGAAAAAGUAAUUGCCGUUGAUCCUAAAACUUAUGCCUUCUUGCAACAAUCAGAAGAAAUAAUUAAAAAGUCAGGAAAUUACGGUUACAUAGAUGAUUUUAAAAAAGUAGUGAUUAUGCCAGUGCCAGAAACUUUUACCAGCAUCAAUGUAUCACAGGCUCUUUCAUCAUCUAGUCGACUAUUUUAUCCGAAGAUUGCACGUAAGUCAAAAUUAGAUAAUUUUCUCUUUAGACGCAUCAAAUUACAAAAAGCGGAAGAACAAUAUAUGUUAGAAAAUUUGACUAAAAAAGAAAUUUUAGACUCUGGUGAUACGAAAAAUUCCGAAGAAGAUGAAUUACAAAAUAGUAUUUUAGAAAUUCAAACUGUUUUAGAAAAACAAAUAAAUAAAUUAGCUGUAAUAAAUAAACCUGGUGGUGGAAUAAAUUCAAGUCAAAGCAUUGGGAAUGUUAAUCUAGAUUUGGUUAAUAGUCUUGCUAAGAAAAUACAGCUUAUUAGAUCUCAAUUUAGCAAAUUAAAUCGAUUCGCGAAACAUUAUCGUUGUUACGCCAAAGAAUGCAAUACAAACUCUAACGCUGUUUCCCAAAUAACACAAAACACUUGUUAUUCAGCUCUAUGUUUGCAAAAAGCUCGUUCCAAGAAAGAAUUGUUAUUAAUGUUACGAAAGGCUAAAGAAAUUGGCAACGGUUCGAAAGAAACCGUAGCUGCAAUAUUAGGAGCUUUAAAGAAACCUUCUAUUCUAGAACAGAAACUUAUGGAAGGGAAAAAGGAAGCAAGUAAUUUUGCCGUUGUUGAUGAAUCAGAAGAGAAUAGGUGGAAUGAUGAUGCUCCAACUAAUUUACAACAAGAUUUUUUACAUGCACUUAAUAACGCUUUUGACUUUGAUAUGGCCAAUGAACUAAGUUCCAUAAAUUUAGACGUUGAAGAAGUUAAAUUUGAAACAUUUGAUGAUUGUGCUGAAGUCACAGUAAAAAGUGAGGAAAUAAAAUCUGAAGAUGAUGUUAGAAAUUUAUUAGAAGCACCGAAAAAAAAUGAAGUCGAUAUUGACAUGAAUGAAGUGAAAAAUGUCACAUUAGGCGUGCCUUUAAAUUCAGCGGAAAAUAUAGAAAUGAAAUCAAAUAUAACUAAUAAUUAUAAUACACCAUUGAAAUCUGAUCAAAAUCAUAGGUCUGAAGUUGAUGUUCCGAUAGAUGUUGAAAGUUCUGUAUCUCAAUUUGAUGAUCUAUUAGAAAGCGAUAUUCCAGAUUCAAAGAGUGGCAAACGAUCGAAAACGUGGAAGACAAAUAGUGAAGUUAGUUUGACGAGGUCUAACGAAAAUAGCCUUGACAAUCAAUUAGUAAAGAAAAUAAAAAAAGAUAUUGAUUCACAAAUUUCGCAAGCUCAUGCAGGGAAAAUAAAUCGCCGUUUUCCAACCACAAAGACUAUCAAGAAAGAAAACAACAUACCAAAAUAUGUACCGGAACUUGGUCCCAGGGGGAUUGAAAAAAUUUAUUCGUCAACAUCAGCUAGAGGUAAAGUGUAUUUGUUACACGAAUAUGACGUUGAUACAUUAAAAAGAAAAACUUCAAAAAAUUUCGUGUCGAAAUUUCCUCUAAUCCAAUCAUUCUUAACUCAUAAACUAACAAAGUCUUUAUUAUGUUUGCAAAGAUAUGAAUUGUUAAAAUUAGCUCGUUUAGGUGGUAAAGGUACAGUUUCUGGUUAUAAUGCAUUAGCGAAAGUAAAUAAUACUGUUUGGUCUUAUCCAUGUGGAAGACCUUUUUUUAGAACAUGUUGGCUUUACCGAACUUUUAGUAAUACAACAUUGUCUGCAAUAUGUCUACAGUUCAGAAUUCUGUGGUGUUGUUUAAGAUGGGAUGAUAUGACAACAAAACCACCUUCAGCUGAUGGUAAACACCAAAUAACAACCGAAACAGAAAUUGUAACAACGGAGCUUUUGAAACUAAAACAUUGUGGUCGAUUUUUGGAGAAAACUCAAUAUUUACGUAGAAAAGUUACUAUUCCAUUAGAGGUUCCAAAAACAAUUCGAGAAGUAACUUCUAUUAGAUCAGGUCUGAGAAAACGUAAACGAGCAGAAUCACCGCAGCAAACAGAGCCACAAGUGACAGAAGAAUGGAUAGAUGAGGAUAAACUUGAAUUAUGGGAAGUAAAACUGUUUGGUGAAAAACAAGAAAAAGCUGUUACUCGCACAGUGACUGGCAGACUACCAGUUCCAAAAUCUACUUCUGAUUCAUCUAGCUCUGCGACCUCUACAACGUCUAGCGCAAGUUCUUCAAACAAAGCCAUUACAACGAGUGCAAAGACUCCAUCGAACGAAGCUAAAGAUAAAAUGGAGCAUCAAUUGAAACUUCAAAGAGCAGUUCAAAACCAGAACACUCAAAAACGUGUGAUAAACGCAAAACCAUCACAGCAACAAAGUGAUUCUCCCAAACCGUUAAUUAUUGGAAAUAGAAAAGUCAUAUUAAAAAAUCCAGACGGUACCACAAAAGUUAUACAUCAGCCUGUUUCUUCAACUUCCGUGAAGACCCAGUUACAAGUAAAAGCUAUCCCUACAAAUAAAACUGCAGUUGUACAACCGUCUCCAACUAACAGUUCCUCAAAUCAACAACCAACCCAACAAAAGGUGCAGAUUAUUCGCGGAUCUGAUGGUAAAGUAAGCGUUCGUGGGCUGAGUCCAGGACAGCAAUUAAUUCAAAUGCCUGAUGGUAAAUUACACGUGCUAACAACAACCCCUGGUUCUGGAAACAAAACAAUAGCUUUUAAGCCAACUGGAUCGUCACCUGUUUUGUCAAAAAUUAUAGAAAAUAAACCUUUGGUCAAAAACGUUGUACCGAAUACUACAACAACAAUAAAAUCACCAAACGUAAUAAAGCAAUAUACAAAACCCACAGCGAGUCCUGCGCCUGUAGUAAAACAACAAGUGAUAACCCAAAAGCCAGUGCAAACUCAAAAAGUAAUAGUAACUGGCAACCAAGUAAUUACCCCAGCAGCAAGCGUACCAAAAAUACCCAUUUCAAACGCAAAUUCACAACCAGUUCACAAAAUAUCGACAACAUCUUCUGUCUCUUUAGCGGGAACGGCAAGUCCUUCUGCACCAGUACAGAAAAUAGCUUCAACUACUUCAUCUAACCUACAGCAAAUUAUAAUACAACCUGGUCAAAAAAUUUUAGUUGGCCAGAAUGCCCAAGGGCAAAAAGUUUUGAUAUCUCCGUCUCCGCAAGCAACAGGUUCCUUACAGUCACAACAACAGUUUAUUGUUUCAAGUGCGCAACCAGUUCAACAAAUACAACAGGUUCAACCAGCACAGCAAGUCCAACAAGCUCAGCAAAUACAUCAAACAAAUGUAGCGGCAUCACAGCAAUCUGCAAUACUUAAUACGGUUAACCCAAAUUCUGGACAGCAAAAAGUAGUACAACAAAUUGUUAACACUAGCAAUGUUCAACAGCAAAUUGUAUAUGAAGGGCAAAGAAUUGUUUUAAACCCUGGUCAAGCCAUAGUUACGAGAACUUUAGUUCAAAAUCAAAGUCCAAAACCAAGGCCGAUUCAAGUUGUUCAACAACAAAUAGUUCAGCCUGCCCAACAAAUUCAGUCUCAGCAGCAGCAACAGCAACAACAACAACAAAUUAUAAUUCAAAAUCAAGCAGGGCAACAAAUAAUAGAUCAGAAACCCAAACUGCAUACUCAACAUCAGAUGUUUACGCAAAAUCAUAAAAAAAUAGAGCAGCCAACACAACAAUUGGUACAACAACCAAAAGCUGAUCCUCAUAAGCAGCAAUUAAUUACUUCUCCACAACCACAAAUUCACCAACAACAGCGGGAACUAGAUACUCAAAAGCAACUAAACGCUAAACAUAAACAGAUUGUAGUUCAAAAUUCAACUGUUGCACAACAAUUAGCUCAAGGUAAAUUGCAAGUUGCUACUGUAAAUGGGCAACAAGUAAUAAUAAGACCAAUAGGUAACAAUCAAGCUCAAAUUGUAGCGCAUAUUAAAACACAAAGCGAUGGAAGUUCUCAUAUUAUAACAAAUAUAAAUGCACUUGAAAAUGAUCUGCCUAGAAAACAAGUAAAUCCAAUAGCAAAUCAAAGCCUAAAGUCACCGCAACAGAGUUUGCAUCAGCAACCAGCACAAACACAGGUUAUAAACCAAAAACAGAUUAUACAGCAACAACAGCAAACAAUUCAUUCGAGUCCUCAAACAAAUCUCUCUACAAAUUUAAUUCAAUCAGAAUCAUCAAUUGUUCAGCAAACAACACAGCAAAUUUAUCAACAAACGCAACAAAUAAAGCAACAAAUUCAACCUCAACAACAAAUACAACAACAAAUUGUUCAGAACUCUAACCAAAAUGAUUUAAACAAUUCAAUUGAACAAUCACUGUUACACGGCCAACCUCCUGGUACUGUUAUUAAAUGUGUAACAGCACAAGUUAUUCAAACAGAGCACGGUCCAAGAAUUGUUUUGCAAGGCUUGGCUGGCAAUGAUUUUACACCACAGCAAUUAGCUCUUGUGCAACAGCAAGUUAAGCAACAGUUAUUAAAAGCUCAAGAAUCUAGUGGCAAACAAGGUGUGUUGGGUCCUACCAAAAUUUAUUUGGCGGUUCAACCUAGUACAACAACUGUGAAUCAACAACAGCAAUGUCAACCUCCACCAUUAGCACCAGUUCAAACAACAUUACAACAUCAAGUAAGUAAAGCAUCAUCUGUAAAUUCUAUACAACUAGAAAACAUAAAAGAAACACAUUUUAAUGAAUCAUUUAGUAAUUCAUCCCAAACAAAAAAGGAAGUUAUUCAAAAGGCUCUACAAGCAAACAUUCAAAAGAAGGCAGCUGCUGUCGCCGCUGAACAACAUCAUCAGAAGCAACAGCAACAGCUACUGACCCAAAUUAACAAACCAUCAAAAAUGCUUCCAGAUAUAAACUCAUCUACAACGACUAAAUUAUCAACUGAACAAUCUUUUGUUGUAACACAGGAUUAUAUACAGGAAUCCAUAAAAAAUGCCUUAAAACAGAGCGAUUUAAACCCCGAAAUCGAAGAGAAACUUCUUAAUUUGCAAAGAUAUCAAGAAAGUCAAAAUAAACUAAAUGAUGAUUCUGAUGAUCCUACUGUUUCUUCGAAUCUAUCAAAAAAUAGCGGGACCGGUGGAGCAGAAGGAAAUACGUCAAAUUUAAACAGUGGGGUUGUUACAUUUGAACCAACUCCAAUAAAGAGUUCAGUAAAUAAUUUGCGAAAACGAGUAAGUAAAAAUAAUGAUAAUGACGACGAAUGGAUUUUUGAAAGAAAAAAGAAGAAAACUCAAUACAACUCAGCAAAUGAACAUUUCAACUCAUCUCUGAAUAAACAGUCAAAUUACAAGAACGAUAAUAUUCAGAGUAACAGAGUAUCAUCAUCGUUAACAAAAAAAGAACAUGAAAAAAAAAAUUAUUUAUAUAACAGACUAACGCGUCAUAAAGAAUUAUUGAAAAAAGAUAUUUUAAAAAAGAGAGUCCUUCUAGAGAAAGAAUUGCAAAUGGAUAUUAAAAAAGAAUUGACAGCUGAGCUAUAUUGUCGUGCAAGAACUACAUCCGAACAAAGAAAUAACAACUUAGAGUCUCAACAAAAUGUUGAGAGCUCAGAACAUAAAAGAAAAAGUAAAAAUUUAAAUCAAAGUACUGCAACAUCUACAUUGGCAUUGCCAUCAGCUGAUACAUCUAGUUUAAAUAUAGCAACAAAUAUGUUAUCAAGUUUAAAUACGACGCCAGGAAAAGGUAAAAAAUCGACAUCAUCCAAGAAAAAGGAGAAGUUAUAUUGUAUAUGUCGUACACCAUAUGACGAUACUAAAUUUUAUGUUGGAUGCGAUGUUUGCAAUAAUUGGUUUCACGGAAAUUGUGUUAAUAUUACUGAGGAAGAUUCGAAACAAUUAACUGAAUUUAUAUGCGCUGAGUGCACUCAUGCACGAGAAUCUCAAGAACUGUAUUGUUUAUGUAAGCAACCGUAUGAUGAAUCACAAUUUUAUAUUAGCUGUGACAAGUGUCAGGAUUGGUUUCAUGGUCGUUGCGUUGGAGUAUUACAAAGUGAAGCAGAAUUUAUCGAUGAAUAUAUAUGUCCGAAUUGUCAACGCAAUAAUUCAACAACAUUAGCCAAUUCAAAAAAUCUAACAGAUUUUGAAUAUGAUGAAUUAAAAAAAUUAAUGAAACAAAUUCAAACACAUAAAAAUGCCUGGCCAUUUUUAGAACCAGUUGAUCCAGAAGAAGCACCCGAUUAUUAUAAAGUAAUUAAAGAACCAAUGGAUUUACAAAAAAUUGACUUAAAAUUAAAUCAACGUUCAUAUGCAACAUUAUCUGAGUUUAUUGGUGAUAUGACGAAAAUAUUUGAUAAUUGUAGGUAUUAUAAUCCAAAAGGAUCACCAUUUUUUAGGUGUGCUGAACAUUUAGAAGUUUAUUUUGUACAGAAAAUUAAAUAUUUUCGUGAAAAUAUAUUUGGAAAACAGCAAUCGCAACAACAAUAACAUUAGCAGUUGAAACUAAAUUCAAAAAUUUUUCUAAAAACAAAUAAAAAUUUAAGAAAUUAUCUAAAAUAGUUAAUUUCUUUUUUCUUAAUCUUUGAAAUAAGACAAUUUUAUAUAAAAAUGACCCGGUUAUGUUAAAGCAGAUAGCUUUUUACCUUUAAUUUUGGAUGUUUUUAUUUUAUUUUAUCUUUUUUUUUUAUUAUUUUUUAGAAUUACUUAAGAAUUUGAAAUUUUAAGAAUAUUGUAAAGUUCUUUUUAUUUUUGUAAGUUUAAAAAUGUGAACGAUGUAAAUGAUGAUCCUUAAAUGAAAUAACAAGAAAAAUAAUUAUUAAACUAAAAAAAAUUAAUCAAAUUAUUUAGAUUUAAAAUUAACUAAAUUUAAAAGUAGUAAGUACGUAAACUGUAAAUUAUAUAAAUAAAUGAAUUAUAGUAUGUAUGAAUAAAUAUAUAUUAAAGAAUUAAAAAUAAAGUAAUUUGGUGUAAAAGUAAAAAAAAUAAACACGUGAAAAUAAAUAAAAGAAUAAUAUAAUUUUCUAUAAGCUAUGUACAAAGUUUUGGUUAGUUUUUUUUAUACAUCUGCUGCUUUUCAAAAAUAAAAUGUAUCACAUGUUUUUAUACUAUGCACUUUAUGCAAGAUGAUAACACCUU